GCCGCUAGAGCCUUAUCUUCGCGAUCUGCAGUUGAGAAACCACUAUGGAGGAGAGAACACGAUUCACGCCUUUUAUGAAACAGUGUUUCGUGACGACAGCGGUAUGUUGCAACGUGAUCGGCCAUGGCUGCGCCCUAGGCUAUCCAGCAGUGUUGCUGCCUCAGCUACAAAAACCAGGGGCACAGCUGCCUCUGGAUAAGAGCAGCGCCUCUUGGAUCGCGUCAGCAAUGGCGAUGCCCAUGCUGGUGGGCAAUUUCGUUGCCCCGUCAGUGAUGGACCGUCGCGGCCGCAAGGUCGCUAGCUACGUCGGCAUCGCGCCUGUACUGCUGGGAUGGAUUAUCAUCAUCAUAGCUGAUAACUUCCAGAUGCUUUUCAUCGGCAGAGUUUUACAUGGUCUCUCCUUUGGGAUUUCUCUACCCCUACGCUCAGUCCUUGUCGGAGAAUACACCAGCCCAAAAAACAGAGGAGCUUUCCUUAUGGCAAUUUCUUUAGCUCAAUCUUUUGGCAUCUUCUUCGCGCAUUUCGUCGGUUCUUUGAUCAGCUGGCAGAAAACUGCUCUAGUCUGCAUAUCAUUUUCCUUCAUAAGUUUAUGCCUCACCAUAUAUUCCCCAGAAUCACCAAGCUAUUUAGCUGCAAGAGGUAGAUAUGAUGAUUGCAGGAAAGUUUUUAGAUGGCUAAGAGGUAACGAAGAAGAAGAAGAACUGGAAGAAAUGAUAGAAGCAAGACGUGUGCUUAAGAAAUCUGAAGUUAAAACCAAUAAAUUGAAAGUAAUGCUUGUUACUGUUACGAAGAAAGAGUUUUACAAACCCAUUCUUAUAAUGGUCCAUGCGUACGCCAUGGUAGAAUUUGCUGGAGGAACUACAAUGGCGUCAUAUUCUACAGUUAUCAUAGGUUUAGUAUUAGGACCGUCAGCUAACGUUAACUUUUGGAUGAUAGCUUUAGAUAUACAAAGAAUCAUAUCAAAUACCAUAGCCGUUUAUAUUAUAAAUAGAAGUAAAAGACGGGUUUGUCUUUUCAGUAUAGGAAGCCUAAGUGUAGUUACUCAUUUGAUGAUAGCAGGUUAUGUAUAUGGCAAAACUAAUAAUAUGUUACCAUUUGAAAGUAUGUGGGUACCUGUGAUUUUAAUUAAUUUACAAAUUUUCACAGUUGCUACUGGCAUGGUUCCCUUACCUAGUGUCAUAGCUGGUGAGGUAUUUCCGUUACAAUAUAGAAGCGUAGGUGGUAGCAUUAGUAUUGUAUCAAUAGCAACUGUUACUUUCACGGUACUUAAGUCUUUCCCUGGUCUAGUUGAUAGUGUUGGACUAUCGGGCACCUAUUGUAUUUACGCAGGAGCUCUGACGUACUUUUUAACUGUGAUUUGGUUCCUAUUGCCAGAGACAAAGGGAAAGACUUUACAGCAAAUAGAAGAUGAGUUUAGAGGCAAGAAAUUGACAGAGCAUGAUAUUGAAGCUACUAAUGCUUUACAGGAAAAUGAAGUCUCAAACUUGAAGGAUAAAAUGUAGAAUAAUCAAUUAAAUGGCAUUGUGAAAAUGUGAUAAUGGGGACCAGGCAUUUAAGCCUAGCUUUAUAUUCUGUAGAGUGCUAUAAAGCAGGCUUUUGUUCAGUAAUGGACUUCUUCUUACUGACGAUAAUACUUGUAAUGAAACAAUGAAGUUCUAUGUCUAAUUUAGUAAUGCAGGGAUCUGUGUAAAUUAU